AUGUUUCUACCACGUUCAGAAGGUCUUACACUGAAUGAAUUUCUAUCUUUACAUCCUUCUGAUAUUAGUACCAUACCAUUACAAUCAACAAUUUAUAAUCAUAAUCAUAAUAACACUUCAAUUGAACAAAAGUUUAAUAAUCAACAUUCAAGGAAUUUUUCUACAUUCAUGAACCAUUCAACAAUAAAACAACCAAUGAAUAAAGAAGAAAUUAUCAAUCCAUCAAUUCUAACACGAACAAAAUCAAAUUUCUCAAAUAAACAACCAUUAAAACGAUCCAAUACAAUUAGUGUAACUAAAAAUAUAAAUGAAAAAUUGAAUAGUAAUAUAUCAAUUGAUGAAUUAAUACAAUCAACUAGACAACAAAAGAAACAUUUACCUGUACAAUAUAAUCCAUUAAAUGAUACGGUUAUGGAUAAUAAUGGUUUAAUUCAAAAAUUACAUCAACAAAGAUUAUUUCAACGAGCUCAAAGUGAACAUCCUAUCCGCGAUAAUAGUGAUAAUAAUAAUAAUAAUAAUGUUCCAAACAGUCACAGUGUAAGUUUACCACCUCAUACAUGGAAUAAUAAUAAUAAUACUUCGUCUACAUUUCGUUCGAUAUUUUCACAACGUGGAUAUAAUUUUGGGCGAUCAUUUUGGCAACAAAAUUUUACAUCUGAUCAAAAUGAAUUAAAAUCAUCAUUAGGUAGUGCACAUAUCUCUUCUAAUAAUCGUGAAAUGUAUGGACUACUUUUAUGUACCUCCCUUACUCUAAAUCACUUUGCUUUAUCUUUAAUUACUUCAACGACAACAGUAACGUCAUCAACGUCAGCGACCAUAUCUUCAACAGGAACACCAACACAUUUUAAUAAACCAUCUUCUGACCAAUACACUUCUAAAAUGAUAUGGAGUGAAAAAUUUGUGGAGGAAUUUUUAAAGAAAUCUUUAUUAACGACUUCAACAAACAAUGUGGUGCAUAAUCAAAAUGAACCAGUCUGUUUAUCCAACAGUUUUUCAGGUACAACUCUGGUUCAAUGGUUUUGCCGACAUAUCAUUAAAUCUGGAUGUCCUUGGAGUCAUGGCUUAAUUUCAGUUGUAUGUCAACUUUGCAACUGUCUUUUACAAUUGGGUGUUCUUAGACGUGAUCUAAAGUCAAAAACGGUCAACUCCACAUCGACAGAUAAUAAAUCAUUUCGCAUACAGAACAUUAGUUCAUAUAGAAAUUCCUCGAACGCUACUGCAGAGAUAUUUGAGCUUAAUAUGGAUUAUGUAUGGAGUGGUAAUAAUGUACAAGAAAAUACAACUGUUAUCAAUAGUUCAAUGAAUGCAAAUGAUAAUCAGCAACAAUCAUUACAAGAACAACAACAGCAAAUUGAUGAAUAUAAACAAUUUCAAAUGACUAUUUAUAAUCAUAUAAUAAAUCUUCAUAAAGAAUUUCAAUAUGAAUUAGAUCGAGUAACAAGAGAACAUGAAUUACAAUUAUUCAAGGUAAAAAAUCAAGGUGUUAUGAAAGUAUGCCAAUUAACUGAUAGAAUUGAAGCAUUAGAAAAUCAAGUUGAAAAAUAUCGUAUACUUGCCGGUAUAGAACAAUUAAAUAAAUCAACUACAAUAAAUAGUAACCAUUCAUUACAUAAUUGUUAUUCUUCACUAGUUACUAAUAAAAAUCGAUUAUCUAAAGUGACAUUUAAUUUAUCUAAUGAAAAUGUAUUAAAUCAAUUAUCUAGAAGAACAAGAGCAUUCAGUGAAACAAUUGAUAUGAAUCAUUUCAAUGAUAAUAAUACUUAUAAUAAACCGGAUUAUAUCAAAUCAAGUAUAAGACAUAUUUUAAAUGAUAUAGAACAGUUAUUAUCACCAACAUCUCAACAACAUCAUCAUCAAUUGGAUCAACAACAGGAACAACAACAACAUCAUCGUCAUCAAUUGGAUCAACAACAGGAACAACAACAACAUCAUCUUCAUCAAUUGGAUCAACAACAGGAACAACAACAAGAACAACAACGACUUCAACAUUCCAGAUCAAAUUCAAUGAAUCUGUACAAAUCUCAUGAAUUAUCACUUUUAAAAAAUUCUAAACAAAAAUGUGAUUCUUUUAAUAAUCAAGAAAAAGAAAAUUCUUUUAAUAAUAGAAAUUGUACAGAUUUAAAUUUUCAUUCAUUUGAUAAUGAUACUAUUAAUAAUGGUAAUGAUCGGAUUAUAGAAGAUAAUGCAAAUAAGAUGAAUAAUUUAUCGAAAUUCAACGAUUAUAAUAUACAUCAACAUGAGAAUUCAAUGAAUACAACAUUAACAAACAAUAAAAAUGAUAAUCAAAUUCAUCAAAAAAUAAAUUUAAGAAAUUCCACAUCCAGAUUCCUAUCCGUACCACCACAUUCAAAAUUUAUUCUAGAUCAAACUACUUCUAUGUUAUAUAAUCAACCGGUUCUUGGAAUUUUAGCCAAAUAUGGUGCAAACAAUAAACACAAUACUCUUCAAACAUCUAUGAAGAAAGAUCACUGUUGAACAACAACAACGACGACAACAACAACAGAGAUAAUUAAAUGCGCGAAAGAUGUCAAAAAAAAAUUGAUAAAAACAGGGAAAUAACAUAACUAAAGAAAUUGAUUUUUUUCACUCUAUAUUGGAUUGAUACACUUAUUGGUACUUCAAUAUUUACAUAUUAACACUUCAAUUAUCUGAUAAACGUUCCAAUUGUUGUCGUAUCGAUUACAUUAGAACACUUACUUACGUCUGUUACUCCUCGUGAAGGAACAUAGGCCGCUCACCAGAAUUCGCCAUCUAACCCUGUCCUGGGUAAUCCUUUCCAGCUCCUUCCAGGUAAUAAUUAAUUGGUUUUCAAUAAUAAUAAUAAUAAUAAUAA